CCUGGGCGCAGACGGGCUAGACCCCUGCACUGCACUUUAUUCCCCAGAAUUUUAGGUGUCGAUCGCCUCGGCUAAACUCGAGCUUACAUUGUCCGAUACGAGGACGACUGACAACAUAUCCGGGACGACGGACUCUAAUCACUCUUGCCUGCGCCUACACUAGAGCUACGAGAUAACCUCCCCUCCCUCCAGUCCACCUCCAAUCCCACCUGCAUACCACCGCCGCAUCGCAGUCUGUCCUCAGCAACUUACACCUCUUCGCGCACCAUCAUGUCCUCCUCCCGCAGCCGCGACAAAUCCUCCUCAACCAACGCUCUCAAACGCCUCACCCACGAACUCCAAGACCUCGACCGCCAACCCUGCGAGUCAACCCUGCACCUCGGCCCAGCCACAGACUCGGACCUCUUCACAUGGGAAGCCGUGCUCAAAGGCCCCCGCGAGCCAUCAUCCCCAUACUUCAACGGUCUCUGGCUACUCUCAAUCUCUAUCCCACAAAAUUACCCUCUCGCCCCUCCCAAGAUCCACUUUGUAACACCGAUAUGCCAUCCUAACGUACACUUUUCUUCCGGCGAGAUUUGCUUGACGUUAUUGUCCGGCGAACACUGGGCGCCAACAUACACGCUUGCCACAACACUAGGAGCCAUCCAGCAACUGCUCACUUCUCCGGGCCUGGACAGCCCGUUAAAUGUCGACAUUGCGAACCUGUACCGGGAGAACGACAGCGUCGGCGCGGAGGGUCUGGUGAGGUUCUGGACGGGCGAGAAGAGGUGGGCUGGUGAAGGCAAGGCUGGGUGGAUCACUGAACGGAGGCCUGGGACUGGGGGCCAUCUUUCUGAAUCGAUACACUGAUUUAUUGUAAAAACACUGUUUGGUCUAUUAUCGUCCUCUUUUUCUGGUCAGAGCGCAGCGACGGACUCGAAACGAUCGGGCGCGAACACUAGAGUUAUGGUGUUUGGGAUCAUGUAUCGACGUUAGGACGUAUCGGACA